GCUGGGAGUUGUAGUUGUGCAGCAGCCGCUCUACAUCAAUGAGACCCCGCCCCUAACGCCAUGGCCACACCCCCUGCCGGACGCGGAUACUUUGUUGCUCUGUCUCCUAGCAACAGUGUCCGGGAUUGUGUGACCAUCAGGACGCGGAGUGUGAGGAGCCGCCAUGUCUGAGCCCCCGGGGCCCCCGAGGACCGGAGACUAUUACCGGGUGCAGAGCGACCUCCCGGGAAGGUUCCAGCAGCCGGAGACGUGGAGAGGAGGAUACAGAUCCAGGGCCCGGAAUCCUCUGUACAGGACGACCAACCAGACGUACGGGAGCCGCCCGCCGACCGUCCACGAGAUGCCGACGACAUUUAAUGGAGUCUCAGACAAGUUUUCAGAAGCCGCAAUAAAGUGCGGAAUGUUCCGGAACAACGGGCUGAACACCCACAUAGAGAAGAGCUACGUGACCGGCACCGACAACCUCAUCACCGCGCAGGAUCACCUCAACUUCCAUCGCAGCUACAACAUGAACGGCCCCUCCCACAGCGCCUGAUAUACACCCUAGAGACUGCCCUGACCGGACAACUACUCCCAACAUGUCUGCCCUCACCAGACAACUACUCCCAACAUGUCUGCCCUCACCGGACAACUGCUCCCAACAUGUCAACCCUGACCGGACAACUGCUCCCAACAUGUCAACCCUGACCGGACAACUGCUCCCAACAUGUCUGCCCUGACCGGACAACUACUCCCAACAUGUCUGCCCUGAGACCGGACAACUACUCCCAACAUGUCUGCCCUCACCAGACAACUACUCCCAACAUGUCUGCCCUCACCGGACAACUACUCCCAACAUGUCUGCCCUCACCGGACAACUACUCCCAACAUGUCUGCCCUCACCGGACGACUACUCCCAACAUGUCUGCCCUCACCGGACGACUACUCCCAACAUGUCUGCCCUCACCGGACGACUACUCCCAACAUGUCUGCCCUCACCGGACGACUACUCCCAACAUGUCUGCCCUCACCGGACGACUACUCCCAACAUGUCUGCCUUCACCGGACAACUACUCCCAACAUGUCUGCCCUCACCGGACAACUACUCCCAACAUGUCUGCCCUCACCGGACAACUGCUCCCAACAUGUCAACCCUGACCGGACAACUGCUCCCAACAUGUCUGCCCUGACCGGACAACUACUCCCAACAUGUCUGCCCUGACCGGACAACUACUCCCAACAUGUCUGCCCUCACCAGACAACUACUCCCAACAUGUCUGCCCUCACCGGACAACUACUCCCAACAUGUCUGCCCUCACCGGACAACUACUCCCAACAUGUCUGCCCUCACCGGACGACUACUCCCAACAUGUCUGCCCUCACCGGACGACUACUCCCAACAUAUCUGCCCUCACCGGACGACUACUCCCAACAUAUCUGCCCUCACCGGACGACUACUCCCAACAUGUCUGCCCUCACCAGACUACUACUCCCAACAUGUCUGCCCUCACCAGACAACUACUCCCAACAUGUCUGCCUUUGCUUCCAGCGGGGUCUGUUGUGAUCGCACACUGACUACGUACAUUGCCGUGGUAUAUGUCGUCUCUAUGUAAAUCCGUGUUUCCCAACCAGGGUGCCUCCAGCUGUGCUGUCCGGGCAUGCUGGGAGUUGUAGUUUUGCAACAGCUGGAGGCCCCCUGGUUGAUGUAAAUAAAUACAAAUCUGAAUAAAACAACCGGAUAAAA